AUGGCUUCAAGCCAGCCGCAGACAAACGGCGCUUCCUCAGCAAAUGCCUCCCAGACGGUCCCAAACACCCAGACCACGACUGCAAGUCAGCCCGCCCCAGCAACAGCCGCCCAACCAGCCCCCCAGCCGACGACUGCCUCGGACCCCCGGCCCCGCGACGCCCGCCUCGUCGAGCUCCUCCUCACCUCGCAGGGCGUCACCGCCUACGAACAGCGCGUCCCCCUCCUCCUCCUCGACUUCGCCUACCGCCACACCUCGUCCAUUCUCAGCGACGCGCUGCACCUUUCCGGCGACCCCCACGUCACGCAGGCCGGCUCGAAGCCCGCCGCCUCGUCGGGCGCCAUCGCGACGGCCCCCGGCGAGGCUGCCAUCACCGCCAACGCCGUCAAGCUUGCCAUCAGCGCGCGCCUGUCGUACCAGUUCCGCGGCGGCAGCUCCGGCGGCGGAAUCAGCAAGGAGUACAUGCAGGAGCUGGCCCGCGAGCGGAACAAGGUCACGCUGCCCAGGAUUGUCCCCAACGAGUGGGGUGUGCGGCUACCCAGCGAGCGCUUCGUGCUGAGCGGCACGAGCUGGGGCUUGAAGGAAAUGUGGGAGGGCGAUCAAGGCGAUGACAUGGACGAUGACGACGACGAUGAUGAGGAUGUGGGCGGCGACGGUGUCGAGGGAGGGACGGUGGAGGACGUCUUUGGCGACGACGUAGAUGAGGAGAUGGCCGAGGACGGCUAG